AUAUACAUAUACUAUGUGAUUAAAAAAAGAUUAAUAAGAUGGACACUACCACGUAAGUGGAGCCACGUGGACACUAAUAGUAUUUUGAAAAAUACUAGCAGUGGAAGUUGUGAAAAGCGAAAGCAGUCUGAGCAGCAGCAGGAAGCCAUCGAUACCGAGAUGAUCAGCACCGCUCAACACCAAACCCUCAUUCCUGCAUGUCAACCACAAAUUGCUGUUCCGAUCGUCGCUGCUGAGGUGGAAAAGUCUUCAGAAAUGAUGGAAGAAACAUCGCAGGGCAAGCCAUGGAGGAAACCAAAUCUUUUCUUGGAGAUACCUAGCAGAGCAGUCGAUGAGUCUCCUCAAGAACUCGUCCAAAUAAACAUGCCUCCAACCCAAACUCCGACGCCCACUCCCAAAAGAGUGAACUUCCUUCUAACGCCUGACCCUUGUGAUUCAUUACUAAAUGAAGCCUCCUCAACCAGAGGGAAACCCUCCAUCAGGAGUUUCAUGCCAAAGUUAAGCUUCAAACACUGGGGUUCAAAUUCAGAUGUGGACAAGGCUGCUAAUGUUGAUUCGUGUUCCUCGACUGUUGCUACACAAGAUAAGCUAACAAUUUCGCGUUCAUGGUCACUCACCAAGAUUUUCACACCAAGAAUUAGGAGGACAUCAUCCAUGCCUGUACCUGAGGUCUUAAAUCAAAAUUUGGAGAGUGUUCAUGGUGGAAGUGUUAACAGUCAUCUCACAGUUGAGAUAAAAGAAGUUCGACACAUGUCCCGUUCGCUUUCUCUUCCUGUCAUCAACAAAGAAAAUGGGAUUCAGAAACUGAAUUCUUUCUUCCGUGUGAUCCCCUCAACACCAAAAGUGAAAGAUGAGGACUCCGUAGUGGCAGUGGCUUCAACAGGAAAAGAUGAUGGUAAUUUAGAGAAUGAUGAAGAAGGUGGAGAGGACAUACCAGAAGAGGAAGCUGUUUGCCGAAUUUGCUUGGUUGAACUAUGUGAAGGUGGAGAGACUUUUAAAAUGGAGUGUAGCUGCAAAGGUGAGCUUUCUUUGGCUCAUCGAGAAUGUGCAGUUAAAUGGUUUGCCAUCAAAGGUAACAAGACAUGUGAAGUCUGCAAGCAAGAAGUUCUUAAUCUACCAGUCACACUUCUACGUGUCCAAAGCUCUGUAAACCCCAAUACUGGGGCGAGUGAUUUCAGAGAUAUAGAGUUCAAUGGACACAGAAUUUGGCAGGAACUGCCUAUUCUUGUCAUUGUUGGUAUGCUAGCCUACUUCUGUUUUCUCGAGCAGCUACUGGUUAAGAAAUUGAACUCAAGUGCAAUUGCUAUAUCACUUCCAGUUUCUUGUGUGCUUGGCCUCCUCUCAUCCAUGACCUCUUCAGCUAUGGUGAAGAGAAGAUUUGUGUGGGCAUAUGCAUCAUGUCAGUUCAUUCUUGUUGUCCUCUUUGCUCAUAUCUUCUACGACGUGAUUCAUGUGCAACCUGUUAUAUCAAUCCUUCUAUCCACAUUUGCUGGAUUUGGUGUGGCGAUGAGUGGAGCUUCUGUUAUCGUAGAGAUCAUCAGAUGGAGAGAACGACGCCGGGCUACCACAUUUUAGAACAGCUGAAGAUGGAUGCUUCCUUUCACAUCCAUCAAUUCGUCUCAUACUAAAAAUUGGGCCGCCAAAUUUCAAUGUAUAUAUAUUUUCUCCUCAAGUUGCAGCUUCAGAUCCGCUUACCCGAUUCGUGCAAAUAGUUUGUAAACUAUUUCAACAUAUCAAAUGUAUAAAAUGUGUUGUUAUGGAAGUUUGAAUUCCCAACUACAAAAA